AUGCCUAUUCCAAAGAAACCCACCACCAGCCUCAGCCGACACAGUCGACAGGUGUCAUCGUCAACCAAGAGCACCGUCUCGGGGAGGAGAACAUCAUUCGGCUCCUCCGACUAUCGUUCUACCACUCUCGAGCCCAACCACAUUAUUGUCGAGGACGAGCAGAUGGACGAUGAAAGAUGGAGUCGACUGGCUUUUGCCCUGGGUAUGCCGUAUGGAGAGAGCUCACGCUCCAGCACGGAGGCCAGAAAAUUGGCCCAAAAGGUCAAAAGCCGGAGGUCCGUGAGCAGCAGAGAGAUGACCGAGCUUCUGGUGCCUUUGCUGGUCUCGAUAGCCAAGAAUCAUAAGAUGAUCAAGUGUCGAACAAACACUCUUUUCCAUCGAGAUGGCGUCCCCGAUGAAGUUCCGGACUUUGAAGUCGAGGAAGGCUGGAAGAUGCAGUUGCCUACGCCAAAGCCUUCCGUCACCAUCGGUUACUCGUCCCGCGCAUUCACGUCCCAUCAGAUCGAACUCCAACAAGGUAUCAUUGCAAACAACCAAAACGAGCCAUGCGACCUCAGCAAGCUGUCCCAGCCAGUUCCGGAUGUCUACUGGCCAUUUUUGGUAAUUGAGAUCCAAGAUGAGUCGAUGCUCGCCGCACGGAAUGCCGCUGCGGGAUCCGCAGCCACCUGCAAUAACGCACUCAUGGUCUUCGCCGGUGCGGCGCAGGAGCCAGAGAAGAAUUACCACGACGUAAAUUUCCUAUGGGGGUUGAGCAAGGCCGCGCAGUCAUUCUCGCUGGCUAUCAACGGCAAAACGGCAUGCCUCAACACGCACAAUUCAGAAGGCUGUUUACCUCAUGCGGUAGCAGCCAUCAGGACAUACCGACUCGAUGAUGAGAAAGAGGUGGAGGCCAUGGCUUCCCGCAUCAGCAGUAUCCUGGUGUGGGCUGAAAAUUGCAGGCUUCCCUCCAUCGGUGACCUAUUGAAUACUUUUGAUAAGCGCGUCCAGCUUGCAAAGGAUUCCUUGACCCAAGGGAGAGACUCAUAUGCGCCGUCUGAGCUGGCGAACUUUGGUGUGACCCCCAAGACAAGGAUGACCAUCAUCAAAAGCGUUUUGGCCGAGAGCUUACCCAGAUGGGCGCGGGUAUAA